AUGCUUAUUUAAUUCAAUUACAGAAGGUUAAAAAUUAUUUUGAAUAAGAGAUUAUAAAUUAAGGUAGGAAAGUCAAAGAAUAAAUUCAAGAAGAAAUCUCUCAGUAAUUAAUAUCAAUUUAUUUAGAAUUAAACCUAUCGAAAAUUAUCAAAAGAAUUAAAUAAAAGAACUGAAAAUCUUUAAUUGGGAUUAAAAAACUGGUAGAUAUAUUUGGGAUAAAUUCUAAAUAGCUUUUUAAAAAAGCAUACUAUAUAUAAAAGAUGGAUAACUAAUAAGAACGUAGAAUUGUAUAUUUACUUAAUUAGGGAUUAAGUGAAUGACACUUUUUCUUAUCAAGACAUCUUGACUAAUUUAGAUUAAAUAAACUAUCUUAAUUGGUCUGGAAACUAUGGGAAAAACAACCAAAAAGAUGGAAAAUGGAUAGCUAAAUGGAACGGCUAAACUUUGGUUGAUAUUGGAGGUGAUUACUAAGAUGGUAAAAAGACAGGCUUAUGGAAGGAAAUGAUAAAAAACAUUUGGAGGUAAAAUUUAAUCAUUUACUAAAUUACAGUAAAGCUUAAGUAUUUGAGGUAGGAGAAUAUGUAAACGGUCAUCGUACAGGAAUUUGAAAAUUUUUUUACGAAGGAAAAGAAAUGUAUCAAAUGAUUACAUAUAAAAUAGUGGAAGCGGAGAAUAUAACCUUUAAAGUCAAAAGAUUGGACUAUGGUUAGAGUUAAGUGUAAGUUUUUGUGAUUACAACUAAAUCACAUUCAAGGGUGAAUAUAGAAAUAACUAAAAAGUUGGUAGAUGGAAUACUUUCUUUUUAAAUUAAUAGAUGUAAGAUUUAAAAAAAAAAUUAGUAGUGGAGGCUUAUAUUUUGAUGAAUAGUAAGGUGGAUCAGUUAAAAUUGGUAAGUGGAUUGAAUUGAGAGAUAAAAUUAAUAAGGAUUACCUAAUUACUUUUAAAGGCGAAUAUAAAAAUGGUAUAAAGGUGGUUUAGUGGGAUUUAUUGAUAAAAGGAAUUUGGGAUGAAGAUUUUAUAAAAAUGUAUUAAAAUUCUUGAUAUAAAAUUCAAUUAGAGGAGGUGGGGAAUAUAAUUAUGACUUUUAAGAUUUGGCCUAAGGUUCAUUUAAAAUAGGUAAAUGGAUUGAGCUAUUGAUGAGACUAACUUUUAUUCCCUCAUCCUUUUAAACGGAUAAUAUUAGAAUGGGUAGAAAAUAAGCAAAUGGGUUCAAAAUUGGUACAAUAAUAAUAAUGAAGAAUGUAAAGAUAUAUAAAAUUUUAUCAAUUAUUAGAGGCAUUAUUUUUUGUGGUAAAAAUGAUAUCUAUAGAUUUAUUUAGUGGAUGUAUUAAUUAUGAUUCAAAUGGAAAAGUGGUUUAUAGUUGCGAAAAGUAUUAUUUUUUGAAUAAAAAUUAUAGAGAACCUAUAAUUUACAUCGGUAAUUUCAUUUAAGGAAAGAAAAAUGGAAGAUGGGACAUAUACGAAAAAUUUAAUAAUAGUAUUUUUCUAUGGUAAAAAUAUAUUUAUUGUAAUAUUUAGUGGUUGUAUUAGUUAUAAUUCAAAUGGAAAUGAGAUUUAUAGAAGUGAGAAGUAUUCUUUUUGAUAUCAUAAUAUAUAGGGAACCUGUAAUAUAUCUAGGAGAUUUUAAAGAUGGGGUAAAAGUUGGCCGAUGGUAAAUUUUGUAUAAAGGAAACAAUUAGAAAGAAUAUUAGCAAAUGUAAACAAAAAUGAAGAGUUUAUUAGUGGUGGCGGAUUAUAUGGUGAUGGAGGUCAAAUUAAAAUUGGAAAGUGGGUAGAGUUGGAUGAAAGAUUCAAUGAGGAUAAAUAAAUCACUUAUGAUGGAGAAUAUAGUAUGAAAGGUCUCAAGGUUGGUAGAUGGAAUAUUUUAAAUUUAAAUAAUGAAAUUUAAGAAUGGUAAUAAUCUUGAGUAAAUCAUAGUGGUUGUAUAAAUUUUGAUGAUGAUGGGUAUGAAAUUUAAAGAAGUGAAAAGUAAUUAGCUUUUUUAAAAUAAAUAGUACACCUAUUAUUUAUGUUGGAUCAUUCAAAAACCGUUUUAAAAUAGGUAGAUGGGAUAUUAGAUAUAAGGGGUUUGAUUUCAAAGGAAAUUAAUUAAAAGAAUAUCAAUAAAUGUAAAUAAACCUCCGAUGAUAUAUUAGUGGGGGUGGAACAUAUUGCGAGAAAAAUUAUGUUAAGAUUGGAAGGUGGGUAGAGUUGGAUGAAAAAUUUAAUAAGGAUAAAUAAAUUAUUUCUUAUGGCGAAUACAAUAUGAAAGGCAUAAAGGUAGGUAGAUGGGAUAUUAAUUAUGAUAGAUAAGGAAAUAGAGAAUAUAAAUAAAUGUAAAUAUAGGAUAAUGAUAUAUUAGCGGUGGUGGAUCAUAUGAUAAAGAAGAGACUGGAAUUAAGGUUGGAAAGUGGGUUGAGCUGGAUUAACAGUUUAAUGUGAGAAAAUAAGUUUCUUAUAAUGGCGAAUAUAAUAUAAAAGGGAGAAAGGUGGGUAAAUGGAAUAUUAGUGAUGAUAGAUUGGGAAACGGAGAAUAUAAAUAAAUGUAAAUAUUAUAUGAGUAUAGAAUAAUGGUAUAUUAGUGGUGGUGGAUCAUAUUAUAAGGAAAAGGGUUUGAUUAAGAUUGGAAGAUGGAUAGAGCUGGAUGAAUGGCUUAAUAAUGAUAAAAAGACCACUUAUAGUGGAGAAUACAAUAUGAAAGGUAAAAAGGUAGGUAAAUGGAAUAUUCGUUUUGAUAGAUUGGGAAACGGAGAAUAUAAAUAAAUGUAUAUAUUAUAUGAGUAUAGGGAUAAUGAAAUUUUAGUGGGGGUGAAUCAUAUGAUAAGGGAGGGACUUAGGUUAAGAUUGGAAAGUGGGUAGAGCUGUAGGAUUAGUUUUGGAAUUGUUAAUAAGUCACUUAUAAAGGCGAAUAUAAUAUGAAAGGAAGAAAGGUAAGAAGAUGGGAUAUUUUAAAUUUAAAUUUUGAAAAUUAAUUGUGGUAAAUAUUAUUAAGUAUUUUUUUAGUGGUUGUGUAAAUUUUGAUGAUGACGGAAUUGAAAUAUAUAGAAGUGAAAAGUAAUUAUCUUUUUAAAAUUAAUAGCAAAUCUAUAAUAUAUGUUGGAUCUUUUAAAAAUCAUAUAAAAGUAGGUAGGUGGGAUAUUAGUUAUAAAGGCUUUGAUUCUAAUGGAAAUUAACAAAAGGAAUAUUAAUAAAUGUAAAUAAAUCUAAGUAUAGGUGCAUAAUCAUAUGGUAGUGGUGGUGGAUCAUAUGGUGAGGGGAAAGACUAAAUAAAGAUUGGAAAAUGGGUAGAGCUAGAUGAAGGGUUUACAUGGUUGAGAUAAGUCACUUAUAAUGGUGAAUAUAAUAUAUAAGGUAUUAAGGUAGGUAGAUGGGAUAUUAAUUAUUGUAAGAAAAAUGAAAGUGAAUACAAAUAAAUGUAAAUAUUGUAAAAGUAUAGGUGCAUGAUCAUAUAUUAGUGGUGGUGGAUCCUAUGGAGAGGGAGAAAAUUAGUUUAAGGUUGGGAAAUGGAUAGAGCUGUGGGAAAUGUUUGAAAAUUAUGCUUUCAUUACUUAUAAUGGUGAAUAUAAUAUUAAAGGUAUGAAAAUAGGUAGAUGGGAUAUUAAUUAUGAUUAAAGUUUAAAUGGAGAAUAUAUAAAAAUGUAAAUGUUAUCUUGGCAUAGAUGAAAAAUAUUAGUGGUGGUGGUAUAUAUAGAGAAGAGGAGGGUUAGAUUAAGAUAGGAAAUUGGAAAUAGAUGGUGGAUAACAUAUACAGGUGAAUAUAAUUCGAAAGGCAUGAAGAUCGGUAAAUGGGUCGAAAUAGAUGUAAAGGAGAAAAAGCUACUAAGUGAAAAAUAAUAU